UCCUCCUGCGACCACACCAGUUCAUCUGCGUAUGCUUCAUCUUCCUUUCACUUCCAGAUUCUCUUUUGCAGAAUUAAGUAAUGAAUCAACUUCCAACAAACACCCAUAAUCCUUCUCUCCCUCGGCCACCGCAGCUGAUGAGCGUGCGAUAAUGAGCUUGAGAUUGCAAAGCCCUUUUCUUUCUACUCCUCUGCUUCAUGGUUCUUUCAAUCGCAGAGAAAAUAGAGUCAAUGUUGCUAGAAGGGCGUUUCGUAGCAGGCGUAUAUGCUCGGAGAAGAAACAGAACGAUUGGUUAGCUAAAGUUGUGAAAUUUUCCCAAUUCUGUGGGAAAAAUGUACAAUUGCUUAGGAAGUCUCUUGAUUCUAGGAGUAGAGUAGAGGUAAAUUGUUUGAAAGAACGAAGUAGGGGUUUGGUUAGGUCUUUGGCUCCUGUUUGGGAAGAGGGUUUGUUUUUCUUGAGGUGUUCUGUUUUCUUUGCUGUGAUCUCUGGGGUUUGCUUCUUGGUGUGGUAUGGACAGAACAAGGCUCGUGCUUUUGUGGAGACUAAGCUUUUGCCAUCUGUUUGCUCUGUGCUUAGUGAGACUAUUCAGCGUGAGGUUGAUUUCGGAAAGGUUAGAAGGGUUUCUCCGUUGUGCAUAACACUUGAAGCGAGCUCUAUUGGUCCUCAUGGUGAAGAAUUCUCCUGUGGUGAGGUUCCGACUAUGAAAAUUUGUGUCCGUCCUUUUGCUAGUCUUAGGAGGGGAAAGAUAGUGGUUGAUGCGAUUCUAAGCAAUCCAACAGUUUUGGUUGCACAAAAGAAAGAUUUUACUUGGUUAGGGAUACCUCUAUCUGAUGCUACUUUGCCAGCCCAUUCUUCCUCUGAAGAAGGGAUUGAUUUUCGCACCAGAACUCGAAGAAUUUCAAGGGAGGAAGCAGGGAUUCGUUGGGAUGAAGAAAGGGAUAAUGAUGCAAGAAAAGCUGCAGAGAUGGGCUAUAUUGUUCCUUGUAAAGAUUCUUCUCAAACUAAAGAUAGUGCGGUGAAGCACGAUAGGAGUUUUACUGAAAUAAUGAAUCCCAACUCCUUUAUUUGCAUGGAUGGGAAGAUGCAUUCAUCAGACCAACAUUGCAUGGACCCAGGUGUUGAUUAUGACGUGAAGCAUGCUGAAUUGGAGAAAUCAUUUGGCAUUAAAAUCCCUGGUUCAGGGCUGAAGUUCUUGUCCAAAGUGUUGAAGGUCCCGAGGAAGUACAAAUUCAAGUGGAAAUCAAAAUCACAUAGUAAUUCAAUGUCUAAUAUUAGUGCCAAGAAGAGAAUUCUUGAGCGCAGUGCUUCAGCAGCUCUAUGUUAUUUCCAUCGUCUAUCACAGCCGAAGCUUGACGAACGUUCAGUGAUAUCCACAAAUUAUGAUGGGUUGAGUUUGGAUAUGCUAUUAGUUAAAAGUGAUAGAGAAAUCAGUAAUCAAUAUGAUCGCUGUGUUUCGUAUGGGGAGCAAUCGUUAGCUAAUGAUUUGGAUGGGGAAAAGAGGAUCCUUGGUGAAAAAAAGGCUUCAACGUUAGACAAGUUCUCUGUAUCAUGUGAUCCAUUCCUUAUGACUGUUGAUAGACUCUGUGCACUAGUACAAACUAAAGGAAGCACAUCUGUUGAACAUGUGAGUUCUACUGAAUCUGGGACUUUAAGUAGUCAGAGAGGGGAUAUAUCUAUGAAUGUCGUAGAUAAGAAUGCUGACGAUGUUCCACAUGGUAAUCGAAGUGGAAAUCAACGUCGUGACGUUACUUUCAAAAAGCAUGAGCAUCAACAUGUAGCAAAUCAUCAUCAUCUUACUUCGCCAUGGAACAUAAAAUUGAAGGAAAUAGUGUUUGACAUUCUAACUGGUUCCUCUAAGAAGUUAAGAGGAGGGGCAGUUCCAAGUGCUGCUGACAAUGCCCCUCACUUGAGUGAUGGACUGGAGAAGCUGCCUGUUGGUUAUGUUGAGAAGACACUACCAGUUAUGCUCGACUCCGUACAGUUUAAAGCUGGGACACUUAUUCUAUUAGCCUAUGGCGAUACAGAGCCCAGAGAAAUGAGGAACGUCCAUGGACAUGUUAAGUUUCAGAAUCACUAUGGUCGUGUGUAUGUGCAACUUGGUGGAAACUGUAAUAUGUGGAGAUCAGAUGUAACAUCUGAAGAUGGUGGGCUUUUAUCCGUUGAUGUUUUUGUUGAUACUGUUGAGCAGAACUGGCAUGCAAAUUUAAAUGUCACCAACUUCUUUGUCCCGAUUUUUGAAAGAAUUCUAGAGAUCCCAAUUGAGUGGUCUAAGGGAAGAGCUACUGGUGAGGUUCAUCUGUGUAUGUCUAGAGGGGAAAUAUUUCCCAAUCUUCAUGGGCAACUUGAUGUCACAGGACUAGGCUUCCAUAUAAACGAUGCACCUUCAUCGUUUUCUGAUGUUUCAGCCAGCCUGUCUUUCCGUGGCCAGCGCAUUUUUCUUCAUAAUGCUAAUGGUUGGUUUGGAAAGGUUCCUUUGGAGGCUUCUGGAGAUUUUGGUAUACAUCCUGAUGAGGGGGAGUUUCAUCUGAUGUGUCAGGUUCCCUAUGUAGAAAUUAAUGCUUUGAUGAAAACGUUCAAGAUGAAGCCCUUGGUUUUCCCGCUAGCUGGUUCUGUUACAGCUGUAUUCAACUGUCAAGGCCCGCUUGAUGCUCCCGUUUUUGUGGGAAGUUGCAUGGUCUCUAGGAAAAUAGCUUAUCUGUCUCCAGAUCUCCCUACAUCUUUGGCGUAUGAGGCAAUGCUUAAAAACAAGGAAGCUGGUGCUGUUGCAGCAUUUGACCGUGUUCCAUUUUCGUAUCUUUCUGCUAAUUUCACAUUUAACACUGACAACUGUGUUGCUGAUUUAUAUGGUAUUAGAGCUACACUUGUUGAUGGUGGGGAGAUUCGUGGAGCAGGGAAUGCAUGGAUCUGUCCGGAGGGGGAGGUAGAUGAUUCCGCACUGGAUGUGAACUUUUCAGGAAAUAUAUCUUUUGAUAAGGUUUUGCAUCGUUAUAUGCCUGAAUAUCUUAAUCUCGGGAUGCUGAAGUUGGGUGAUUUAACUGGGGAAACAAAACUUUCUGGUGCCCUCUUGAAACCGAGGUUUGACAUCAAAUGGGCAGCACCCAAAGCUGAUGGCUCCUUAACUGAUGCUCGGGGAGAUAUUGUGAUAUCACAUGAUAAUAUCAUUGUUAAUUCAUCAUCCAUUGCUUUUGAUCUAUACACAAAACUAGAUACCUCAUACCAAGACCAGUGUUUGUCUCACGAAGACUUCAUCCAAGGGGAGGCCAUGCCUUUUGUUGUUGAGGGGCUUGAUUUGGAUUUACGUAUGCGCGGUUUUGAGUUUUUCAGCUUGGUCUCUUCCUAUCCAUUUGAUUCGCCAAGACCUACACAUUUAAAAGCAACAGGAAGGAUCAAAUUUCUUGGGAAGAUAAAACAACACAGCACUACAAAAGAUGGAGAUGUUGAGUCAGGCAAAUCUGAAGAUGCAGCAGCAAUUUCUAGCCUAGAUGGUGAGAUUUCAAUAUCAAGCCUCAAGCUGAAUCAAUUGAUUUUGGCCCCUCAACUAGCAGGACGUUUGAGUGUUUCACGUGAUCAUGUCAAGCUUGAUGCUGUAGGCCGGCCUGAUGAAAGUCUUACACUAGACUUUAUAGGUCCACUACAGCCUAAUUCUGGUGAAAAUGUACAAAGUGGAAAGUUGCUCUCCUUUUCUCUUCAGAAGGGACAACUAAGAGCUAACGCUUGUUUUCAACCACAACAGUCCGCUACUUUGGAGAUACGCAAUUUUCCACUGGAUGAGUUGGAGUUGGCCUCACUGAGAGGGGUAAUUCAAAAGGCAGAGAUUCAACUAAAUCUUCAGAAGCGAAGAGGACAUGGGCUGCUGUCUGUAAUUCGGCCAAAAUUUAGUGGAGUUCUGGGUGAAGCUUUAGAUGUUGCCAUAAGAUGGAGCGGUGAUGUGAUCACUGUUGAGAAAACUAUUCUGGAACAAAGCAAUAGCCGGUAUGAGCUUCAAGGUGAAUAUGUAUUGCCGGGUUCCCGUGACCGAGACCUUGGUCAGAAGGAAGCUGGCAGUUUCUUAAUGAGAGCCAUGACGGGUCAUCUUGGAAGUGUUAUAUCUUCCAUGGGAAGAUGGAGAAUGAGACUUGAAGUGCCUAAGGCAGAGGUUGCUGAGAUGCUUCCUCUCGCAAGGCUUCUGUCAAGAAGUACAGAUCCAGCUGUUCAUUCAAGAUCAAAGGAUCUUUUUAUUCAAAGUGUGCAAAAUCUCUGUCUACAAGCUGAAAAUCUUCGAGACUUGCUAGAGGAGAUACGUGGGUAUUAUACUCCACCAAGUGAAGUCGUUCUUGAAGAUCUAAGUCUUCCAGGUUUAGCUGAACUCAAAGGUCAUUGGCAUGGUUCGCUGGAUGCUAGUGGUGGAGGCAAUGGAGACACCUUGGCUGAAUUUGAUUUCCAUGGAGAUGACUGGGAGUGGGGGACUUACAAAACACAGCGUGUUCUGGCCACUGGCUCAUAUAGCAAUGAUGAUGGUUUACGUCUUAAGGAGAUGCUUAUUCAAAAAGGAAACGCGACACUGCAUGCAGAUGGGACCUUAUUGGGGCCAAAAACAAAUCUUCAUUUUGCUGUUCUGAAUUUCCCGGUCAGUUUGAUACCUACCUUGGUUGAGGUUGUUGAGUCAUCAGCUACUGAUCUUGUCCACUCUUUGAGGAAACUCCUGUCACCAAUCAAAGGCAUUUUGCAUAUGGAAGGAGAUCUUAGAGGGAGUCUUGAAAAACCAGAAUGUGAUGUACAAGUUAGAUUAUUGGAUGGUGCGGUUGGUGGUAUAGACCUUGGACGAGCUGAAGUUUUUGCUUCUCUUACAUCUAACAGUCGUUUUCUUUUCAACUCCAACUUUGAACCAUUUGUCCAAAAUGGUCAUGUGCAUAUACAAGGGAGUGUUCCUGUUAGUUUUUCGCAGAAAAGUAGCUCUGAGGGGGAAGACAGAGAAACUGAUAGAGUUGGUGCAGUCAAAAUCCCCAGCUGGGCAAAAGAAAAGGAAGAUGAUGAGAAGAGAAUCUCAAGGGAUAGGAGCGAAGAGGGAUGGGACAGCCAACUAGCUGAGAGUCUCAAAGGUUUAUACUGGAAUAUAUUAGAUGCAGGAGAAGUUAGAUUGGAGGCAGACAUCAAGGAUGGGGGAAUGACUUUGUUGACAGCCAUAUCUCCUUAUGCUAAUUGGCUUCAAGGAAAUGCUGAUAUCAGGCUCCAGGUUGGAGGUACAGUAGAGCAUCCAGUACUUGAUGGGUCUGCUUCAUUCCACAGGGCGUCUAUCUCCUCACCUGUACUCCGUAAACCUCUCACAAACUUUGGUGGAACCUUACAUGUUAAAUCAAACAGGCUAUGCAUCACCUCACUGGAAAGCAGGGUAAGUAGAAGGGGAAAGCUGGUUGUUAAAGGAAAUCUUCCCCUUAGAUUAAAUGAAGCAACUUCUGGUGAUGGAAUAGAACUCAAAUGUGAAGUUCUUGAAGUACGAGCAAAGAAUUUUUUAAGUGGUCAGGUUGAUACUCAACUGCAAAUUACUGGAUCAAUGUUGCAGCCAACUAUAUCAGGAAAUAUUAAAUUAAGCCAAGGAGAAGCUUAUCUGCCUCAUGAUAAGGGUGGCGGAGCGGCCCCUUUAAAUAGAUUAGCAGCCAAUCAAUAUAGAAUUCCAGGUGCUGCUAUUAAUCAAGCAGUUUCUUCACGAUAUUUUGCUCGAUUUUUUGGUACAGAACGGGCGUCUUCAGGGAUGAAUUUCUCCCAGUCUGCUGGUAAAUCAAAUUCUGUUGAAAAGGAGAUUGAAGAAGUGAAAAUGAAACCAAAUAUGGAUAUUCGUCUGAGUGAUAUGAAACUUGUUUUAGGACCAGAGCUGAGGAUAGUGUAUCCUUUAAUUCUCAAUUUUGCUGUUAGUGGUGAGCUUGAACUUGAUGGCAUGGCUCAUCCCAAAUUUAUCAAACCAAAGGGUGUCCUGACAUUCGAGAAUGGAGAUGUCAAUCUUGUGGCUACUCAGGUACGUCUGAAGAGGGAGCAUCUUAACGUUGCAAAAUUUGAGCCUGAACAUGGACUAGAUCCUUUGCUGGAUUUAGCUUUAGUUGGUUCAGAAUGGCAGUUUAGAAUCCAAAGUCGUGCCAGCAAUUGGCAGGACAAACUUGUGGUGACUUCAACUCGUUCUGUUGAACAGGAUGCUCUCUCACCUUCCGAGGCUGCAAAGGUGUUUGAGAGCCAAUUAGCAGAAUCCAUAUUAGAAGGAGAUGGACAACUUGCUUUCAAAAAACUUGCAACCGCAACACUUGAAACCAUAAUGCCGAGGAUAGAAGGAAAAGGAGAGUUUGGUCAGGCGAGAUGGAGGUUGGUAUAUGCCCCACAGAUCCCAAGUUUACUCUCUGUUGAUCCAACUGUGGAUCCUCUCAAAUCUCUGGCAAGCAACAUAUCAUUUGGAACAGAAGUGGAAGUGCAGCUCGGAAAACGUCUUCAGGCCUCUGUGGUAAGACAGAUGAAAGAUUCUGAGAUGGCAAUGCAAUGGACACUUAUCUAUCAGCUCACGAGCCGCUUGCGUGUCCUUCUACAAUCUGCACCUUCAAAACGUUUGCUUUUUGAAUACUCUGCAACAUCACAAGACUAAAAGCUUUUUGUCUUCCUCUGUCGGAUUCAUCUGGAUAAGCCGUUUGUUGCAAAGGAAGUGCAUUUGGUGGCUACCGACAAGAAAAAAUUAUUUUAUUAUUUGGUCAGGGUGUUACUUUGUUUCACUUCUUUAGGCCUCUUUUUAGUUGUCAAAAAUGUAAAAUUACAUUGUAAAUACCCCUUUUUAGUGAAUAUAAAAUGGUAUGCCACUUCAUUGA